GAAGGGGGGAGAGACUGCGGCGGCGGCGGGAGGGGACCGGCACACACACACACACGCACGCACGCAGAGACGGAUGACAGCGGCGGCCGCGGCCGCCACGAUGUGAGGCGGGCUGCGCAGGGGGACGCGGAGGUUCCGCGGAGAGGAGAGGCAGCCCGCACACCCACAGCAGCGGGAGGGGCGGCCGGGGCGGGGCCGGCCGGGCCCGGGGCGAGUCGUGUGCCCCGACGGGUAGGGCGCGGGGUGCGGAGCGGCCGCGGGCGGCGCGUCUGGGACCGGCGGCGUCGGUGCUGGUGGGCUGACCGACUCGUGUUUGCUUGGCUCCAGUCUCCGUCUCCGAGCCCGAUGAGGAGCGCCCCUGCGCUGCCGGACUGACGCCUCGCCGCCCUCCCCGCGGACGAGGAGGAGCGCUGCUCCGUGGCGGAGAGCGCGGCGCCCCUAAUCGCGGGCCGCCCCUGCACCGCCCUCCCCGGCGGGGGCUCGUCUGCCGCCUGCGGGGCGGGCGGCGCGGCAGCGGUGACAGCGCGGCGGCAAGGCCCGGGGGAGCGGGGAGCGCCGCCGCCGCCGAAGACCAUGAGGAAAUUUAACAUCAGGAAGGUGCUGGACGGCCUGACGGCGGUCUCCGCCGCCGCCUCGGCGUCGUCCGCUGCGCAGCAGCAGCAGGCGGGGAACCGGGAGACCGAAAUUCAGGAGACGCUCCAGUCCGAGCACUUUCAGCUCUGCAAGACUGUACGCCAUGGUUUCCCCUAUCAACCUUCAGCUUUGGCAUUUGAUCCUGUUCAGAAAAUACUGGCCAUCGGGACUCAGACUGGAGCACUAAGGCUCUUUGGUCGGCCAGGAGUUGAAUGCUACUGCCAACAUGACAGUGGAGCUGCAGUAAUACAGCUUCAGUUCCUGAUUAAUGAGGGAGCUCUUGUGAGUGCCUUGGCUGAUGAUACCUUACAUCUGUGGAACUUGCGUCAGAAGAGACCUGCUAUACUUCAUUCACUGAAAUUUAACCGAGAACGGAUAACAUUUUGUCAUCUGCCUUUCCAAAGUAAAUGGCUAUAUGUGGGCACCGAAAGAGGAAACAUUCACAUUGUCAAUGUGGAAUCAUUUACUCUCUCAGGCUAUGUCAUCAUGUGGAAUAAAGCCAUUGAACUGUCAUCCAAAUCUCACCCAGGACCUAUUGUCCACAUUAGUGACAAUCCAAUGGAUGAAGGAAAGCUUCUGAUUGGCUUUGAAUCUGGAACAGUGGUAUUAUGGGAUCUGAAGUCAAAGAAGGCAGAUUACAGAUACACACAUGAUGAGGCUAUUCACUCCGUGGCUUGGCAUCAUGAAGGCAAACAAUUUAUUUGUAGUCACUCAGAUGGUACCUUGACCAUAUGGAAUGUUAAAUCUCCUACCAAACCAUUCCAGACAAUCACUCCACAUGGAAAGCAGUUGAAGGAUGGAAAGAAGCCAGAACCCUGCAAACCUAUCCUUAAGGUGGAAUAUAAGACAACUAGAGCUGGGGAGCCCUUCAUCAUUCUCUCAGGAGGCUUGUCAUAUGACACUGUAGGAAGAAGACCCUGUUUAACAGUUAUGCAUGGGAAAAGUACUGCUGUGCUAGAGAUGGAUUACUCUAUUGUUGAUUUUCUAACCCUCUGUGAAACACCAUAUCCUAACGACUUUCAGGAACCAUAUGCUGUAGUUGUUCUUCUGGAAAAGGACUUAGUACUCAUUGACCUUGCACAAAAUGGGUACCCUAUAUUUGAGAAUCCCUAUCCUUUGACUAUACAUGAAUCUCCAGUUACCUGUUGUGAAUAUUUUGCUGAUUGUCCUGUGGACCUCAUACCUGCACUCUAUUCAGUUGGUGCUCGACAGAAACGUCAAGGUUACAGUAAGAAGGAAUGGCCAAUCAGUGGAGGCAACUGGGGUUUGAUCACUCAGAGCUACCCAGAGAUAAUUAUUACAGGGCAUGCUGAUGGGUCAAUCAAGUUUUGGGAUGCCUCAGCAAUAACACUGCAAGUACUCUAUAAGCUAAAAACGGCCAAAGUAUUUGAAAAAUCACGGAAUAAAGAUGACAGGCCAAACACAGAUAUAGUAGAUGAAGAUCCAUAUGCUAUUCAGAUCAUCUCAUGGUGUCCAGAAAGUAGAAUGCUGUGCAUAGCUGGAGUUUCUGCACAUGUCAUUAUUUACAGGUUCAGCAAGCAGGAAGUCACAACAGAAGUCAUUCCGAUGCUGGAAGUACGUCUGUUAUAUGAAAUAAAUGAUGUUGAAUCUCCAGAUGGUGAACAGGUGCCACCUUUACCAACUCCAGGCACAGGUUCCAAUCCUCAAUCCAUUGUUCCCCAGUCUCAUCCAUCUACUAGUAGCAGUUCAUCUGAUGGACUUCGUGAUAAUGUCCCAUGUUUAAAAGUAAAAAAUUCCCCUCUCAAGCAGUCUCCAGGCUACCAAAUUGAGCUAGUUAUCCAGCUAGUGUGGGUGAGUGGAGAACCUCCUCAACAGAUAACCAGCUUAGCAGUCAACUCAGCGUAUGGCCUAGUAGUUUUUGGAAACUGUAAUGGUAUUGCCAUGGUUGAUUACCUCCAGAAGACAGUGCUCUUGAAUCUAGGCACUAUUGAGCUGUAUGGCUCCAAUGAUCCUUAUCGCAGGGAGCCACGAUCUCCCCGAAAAACUCGGCAACCAUCUGGAGGUCUUUGUGAUAUUAAUGAAGGUACAAUGGUGCCGGAAGAUCGCUGCAAAUCACCCACUUCAGGUUCUGGUUCACCAAACAAUUCUGAUGAUGAUCAAAAAAUGAAUAAUUUUAUAGAAAAGGUGAAGACCAAAAGCAGAAAGUUUUCCAAGAUGGUAGCCAAUGACAUAGCAAAGAUGUCCAGGAAGCUAAGUUUGCCAACUGAGUUAAAGCCUGAUUUAGAUGUCAAGGACAACUCUUUCAGUCGAUCCCGGAGUUCUAGUGUAACUAGCAUUGAUAAAGAGUCACGCGAGGCAAUUUCAGCUCUUCAUUUUUGUGAGACUUUCACAAGAAAGGCCGAUACAUCACCUUCCCCAUGCCUGUGGGUUGGGACAACGCUGGGUACAGUGCUUGUCAUUGUGCUGAACUUACCCCCAGGAGGAGAUCAAAGACUUCUUCAGCCAGUAAUUGUUUCUCCUAGUGGAACCAUCCUGAGGCUAAAAGGGGCAAUCUUGAGAAUGGCUUUUCUGGAUACCACGGGAUCUUUGCUCCCACCAGCACAUGAACCCUGGAGAGAACACAAUGUUCCUGAAGAUAAAGAUGAAAAAGAUAAAUCAAAAAAGCGACGACCUGUCUCAGUGUCUCCCUCUUCCUCUCAGGAAAUCAGUGAAAACCAAUAUGCAGUGAUAUGUUCGGAAAAGCAAGCAAAAGUUAUCUCACUGCCAUCUCAGAACUGUAUUUAUAAGCAAAACAUAACAGAGACUUCUUUUGUUCUUCGUGGAGAUAUAGUGUCAUUGAGUAACAGUGUCUGCCUUGCGUGUUUCUGUGCCAAUGGACAUAUUAUGACUUUUAGUUUGCCAAGUUUAAGGCCGUUGUUGGAUGUAUAUUACCUGCCACUCACCAAUAUGCGGAUAGCCAGAACGUUCUGCUUUACCAAUAAUGGACAAGCACUCUAUCUUGUCUCACCAACUGAAAUACAGAGGCUCACCUACAGUCAAGAAACAUGUGAAAAUCUUCAGGAAAUGUUGGGUGAGCUCUUCACUCCUGUAGAAACACCAGAAGCACCGAACAGGGGCUUCUUUAAAGGCCUCUUUGGAGGUGGGGCACAGUCACUUGACAGAGAAGAACUCUUUGGAGAAUCAGCAUCUGGGAAGGCAUCAAGAAGUCUUGCCCAGCAUAUUCCAGGGCCUGGAGGUAUUGAAGGUGUCAAAGGAGCAGCAUCUGGUGUAGUUGGUGAACUAGCACGAGCCCGGUUGGCACUAGAUGAAAGAGGACAGAAACUAGGAGAACUGGAAGAAAAAACUGCAGCUAUGCUUUACAGUGCUGAUUCUUUCUCUAAACAUGCUCAUGAGAUGAUGUUGAAGUACAAAGACAAGAAGUGGUACCAAUUCUGAUGAUGCUCAUCAAUUACAUCUGUUUAAUUUUGUCCUGAUGAAAAAAAAUCUUGGUUUUUCACUAAUUUUGGCAGGACCAUUGAAAUUUAAAGGAGUAUUCACCAUUGGAUACUGUUGUUUCCUAGCACAAAUCACACACUGUUUUACCUCAGUCGUGGCUUUAACUGAGGAGCUUUAUAUUUAAGAAACACACACAAAAAACCAAACUUGAGUGUUUCUUAGCUGUUGGUUAGCUGAGAGUUGGAACAGAAGGUAACUAGAACAUGUGGAAAAGAGGGUAAAGGGAAAACGUAGUGUGAGAUGGGCAGGGGCAAUGCAGGGUCAAUCCUGUGUUAAUAUUUCAUAUGCCAAAAGUUUUUGUGCUAUUGUAAUUGCUGCCAGUGUUAUACCCUCCUGUGAGGAGAGGCAAUAAAUCAGGGGUCCAAGAGCUGGAAUAAAGUUUUGUCUCACUGGACAGUAGCUGACUUACACUUACCCUCUCUAGGACUCGCUGUAUUUACUAUUAUUGUUGAAGAGUUGAAGUUUGCUGUUGCUUCUUUCGUCGGAAAAGCUGGAAGCUUGGAAGAUUUCAUGUUGAAAAUUGUAUACAUAGUUGACCUGUGCAUAGUCUUUUCUUGGACCCCUGAUCUAGUAUUCUUCUAUUCACAUCAUAUUCUGUGAAGUGCAAAAUAAGAGAAUACACAAUUUUUGCAUUAAAAAAGUCAAGUGAAUAAUAUGACUGGAAUGUGUCAUGCUGGGAGUUUUCAUUUGUGUUAUAGCCGUGCUACGUGAAAUGUGGUAACAUCUUCAUUGUGGUAAGAAUACUUUAACUUCUGUUCAGUUAAAUAUUUUUUGCCAAAAAUAGCUGUUGAUUCAGUUUGUAUUACAUUUAGAAUUGGCUGUGGGUUCCAUUAAUGCUGUGAUUUUUUUAUAAAUGCUUAACAGAAUGUAUCUUUACAGCCAUUAAUUAAAAUAGUUGAGAUAGUUUUGCUCAAACCUUAAGUUCUAGGUGCCCCUUUAGUCCUUUACUAUGAAAUCAGAUAAUCUUGGACUCAGGUUCUCAAACAAUUUUACACUCCGUGGAGGUGCUGAUGCGUGAAUAAUGGCAAGCAUCUAAUGUUUAAUAAUUGUCAGUAUAUUAUUGAGCAAAUUUGUAAAUCCUGUCUAGUAGAGCUAUUUUACAAGUAGCUAUCUCAGCUGCACCCAGCACUACAGGCACUGGGCCUAAAGUUUGGAUUUAGUCUCUAAAGCACUGUUUCCAGUGUGGGCAGUGGUAAGUGUCCAGUAAAACUUCAGGAACUGGUGAAAUAAUGUUCACUUUGGGUAACGUAAAUAAGGUAGCUGAGCUAACUUCUUAAUGACUGCUGCACUAAAGCUAUAACAGGGGGAAUGACCAGAGCUCUUUUAUUUUGAGGAAUCCUCUCUUUUUAAAUGUUUGCUUUUCAAAAAUUAACUUAGACUUUUUUCCUCAAAGCAGAAAUAGUUACUGACUAGUUUUGUUUUAUAAAAGGGAGUACUUAGAAGCUGAUAAGUCUACAUUAUCUGAAAUUAGUCAUUGGGUUUGUGUCUCCAAGCAUCACAUUUUGUGUGGGGUUUUUAACACACAUUCUGAAUGUUCCCAGAGCAAAACUUUGGUCAUAUUUGUAAAGUGAUGUUGCAGGUACAUAGAUAAGGUAAUGUUACAAAACACUUAAAGGAUGCAAAAAUAGUAAAGUUACUGAUGGUUCUUAAAUAGUUUUUUCAGAUGAAAAGCAAAUGUUUGAGCUUUGUAGCACAAAUUGAUGAUUUUUCUGGUUUUCUGUAUAGUAACAUUUAAGACAGGUGAAUUCUGUUGCCAGUACAAGGGCAGACCAUACCAUGUCCACUGUUCAAAGAACUGAAAUCAGAACAUGACAAUUUGAACAAGCAGCAUUGAUUUCUUGAUAGCUCUGUCCUAUACCUGCUGAGGCAAUGUUAACUCCGGUUAACUCGGCUUGCCACACAGUUUUUUGCCUCUGCUUGUUAAUUUCUUUUUUUAGUGUCUAAUUAAUGUGUAUUUAACACCAUUUUGUUUAAAAUCCAGGUAGAAGAAAACUAGAUAAACUACUACCCAUACCAUUUCAAAAAAACCCCCACCCUAGCUGACACUUGUCCCCUUCCUUAUCUCACAUUUAUAAAUUGAGAUACCUGAUUAGUAUUUGACCUGGUGAAGAUGAACUAUAUUUCACAGCAACAGAAUCCUGGAAAAUUAGUCUGGUCAGCCUCUCGCGGAGGGGAUGGGAAAAGUACUCUUCAGCAUAUUGUGGUAUCAGUUCGAUGGAAGAUGACAUGGGCUUGAAAGAAAAGUGUACUUAACUUUCCCAUCAAGAAACAUUUGGCAACCACCAGCAAGCAAAAAAAAAAAUAAGAGGCAGUGAGAGACCGUCUGCUAGUACGAGAAGAGUAGUGGCUUAUUUGGUAUUACAGAAUUUAGCAUAGUUGAAUGUUUGGUUUUUUUCUGUUGCAUAUGUUCAGAGCAUGCUUCUAGAUUUGAAAAGUAAUUAAAUGAUUGCUCAUGGGAUGAAUACACAAAUGGUUCUUGGUCAAUAAAAGGGGCUAUGUACAAUUUUAGUCUAAAACGUUCCUUUUUCCUUCUCUGUGGAAGGAAGUUGAUCAUACACGCAUCAUUGCAUCUUAUUCUGCUAUUGGUGGUGCACUUUCUGUACAGCAAAGUACAUUGAAAUCCUUGGGGGGAAGCACCCCUGUUUUUUUCGCUAGCAUUUUAGUAGUGUGAAACUUUUUUAGAGUGUCUGGAAAACUAUAAAAUACAAUUGAGCUAUUACUUUUUUAUUUUUUUUGAUGGAAGUGUAAGAAACUGCUGCUACCUGUUUAUAUGUAGUGUGUCUCAUUAGGAACUGUAAACUGAAGAAGCUUUUCUUCACCUUAGUCCUGCCAAAUUGUAACUUUUGAAUGUUGAUAUGUGUAAAUAUGCGUGUAUUCCAAAUAAGUCUGAAAGUGUUACACCACAGGCAUUUCCAGUGAUUGUUCUUCAGCAAACAGUCAGUUAUAAAAUAUAAUAAUAUAUAGCUGUGUUCCUUGUCUGUCUUUAUGCAAAGAUUUUUGCCUGCGGUGGUACUUGCAUGUCAGGUGAUGCUGGAAAGCUACAUCCAAAGGAGGACUUUUGGAAGCAAGUUCAUUUCCUUUUUCCCUUUUUGUUUUCCUUUUCUCUUUCCUUUUUUUUUUUGCUUAAUUAAUGGCACUGAUCUUACCUGAACUCUUAAACUUGAAUUUUUCCUGCACUUUAAUUCAAUCAUGGUAUUUUAUUCCUUAAUUUUCUUUCUACACUUGUGCAGUUCAGGUUCAUUAUUUGUAUAUAAACACACACAUUCAAUAAAGACUAUAGAACAGAUUACUUUUGGGCAUAUUUGCUAAUUAUGUGACUAUCAUUUAGAAUGUGUGUUUUCUUAGCAAAAUAUGUAUAUACAAGUAUAUACAAUAUAGAAUCUAAUGAAAGGCACUUAUCCUGUGUCAGCAUUCAGUUUAUAAAUUACUGCAACACUUUCAGAUUUGUUACUAGAUAAUACAAUAAAAUCUGUUAUAUUUAUACAUACUGCUUAAGAAUAUACUUUUAGUUUUAAAUAAUUUUUAUAUGUACACUUCUAUCUUUAAUUUUAAAAAGAUUAUGUUCAAUUUUUAAGUCAAAGUACUUAAAGUAUGUAUAUUAUCCAUAGAAGAAGUUGUUUUAAGCUUAUGAAUACAUUCAUAUCUCAUAUCGAGAUGAUAAAAUUACUAAGCAAUGAAAACAAAUAGCCCAUUUGCUUUGCAGAAAAUAAUCAUACUUCUUUUUACCUCCCAUUUUGAACAUUCUUAAACAAUUCCUAAGUAUGGAGAGGGAAGAUAGUGCAUUCAGAAAACCUCACGUAAAAGUUUUUUCGAUAGCUGCAGUCUGCAGCUGACUGGUUUUCUAUGAUUUCGUAAUUUUUUUAGGUAUACAUGUGAAAGACUUUUCAGCUCUGUUCCUCAGACUUUUAAAAUUCCCCAAAACUGAAGUGAGGUUUGUCCAAUAAACAUUUCCUUUGAGUAACGUAUGACUAUACAUCAGCUCUUUACAUGUAAAUCAUUGCGGGGGGGGUUGUAUACCGAAGGUGUUGGCAAACUUGCAGGCUGUGGCUGGAGUGCCCUUCUCUCUCUCAUCGUGGUUUAAGGUCCCCGGGCAGGCACUGACCGCAGCUGGCGCUGGGUGCGGAGGGGACGGAGUGCAGCGCCUUGCCUCCCUCGCCGAGUCGCAGUGUAACUUGUCGGUUGAACCUUUGCUUUGUGCUAGCCAAUCUCCUGUAAAAUCUAGCCAAAUCUGGUUUUUGGGUGGCUGUUGAUAGCUUUGCUACUACCACAAAAUCUUCAAUACUUUGUAGACAGAAAUUAAUGAUGUUUGAGGGGAGGAAGUAAAACAGAAAAAAUAUGUAGUGUAGGUGAAUCAGCUAAACCGAUUUUAUUUCAGUUUUCAUUGAAAAGCUAAGUUAAGCUGGGCCAAUUUCUUCUUAUUAUGCAUGUUAUAAAGAUGUGCUGUAUAUCAUCUAUUUUUUUACUGUUGCAAGCCAGGUGAGUGUGCUGUGUUUCUGAGUUCUUUUACACUUUAUAAAGUUUAGGCUUAAAGGUGUGGGCGUUAUUUUUUAUUUUUUAAAAAAAAGGAAAAAGGCAGAAACUUAGAACAAUCAAAUGAAAGGUGUCCAUCAGUAUUCCUUUUUGUUUUCCAUGUAAAGCGUAUAGAAAUGUUCAAGUCAUACAGCUGUAGGUUACUUUGACACUUACUUUUUUGUUAGUAUCUAAGUUACAUAUUACCAGGCAAAUAAUAACUAGAAGUUAAACUGUUUCAGUUGAAAACACGUAAGGAGUUGUAUGUGGAUUACCACGACCAUUUGGUAACAGGUGAUGCAAAGGGAGAGGGGUGGGAACAUGUUUUAAAUAUUCCCUUUUAAAACAGAAUUGUAAAUAAGCAGUACUGUGUUAUUUUAGACCUGAGCUCUGCUAACUGUAGUGGUUAGAACUUAGGAAAACAUGCUGCUUUCUAGUUAUGCUACUGUUUCAUUGUACCAGCACAAUGGGGGAAAAGUGUAAAAACAAAAAAAAAAUCAGUAAAUUUUUCUAACAUUGCCCACUUGUGGGUAAGCAUGCUUGAUGUGUAGCAGUUCUCGUUUAUGUAUAUCUUAGUGUGUAUGUGUGUGUUUUCUUUUUUCUUUUUGUUCAUUGCAACUUAUUCUUCAGUUAAGUCUUGCUGAGCCCCACUAGCUCUUCUGAGGGUGAUUACUGGAAUAUGCAUUUUUUAGGUAGGGUUGCGAAUCCAUCUGUCUACAAAUAUAGUUUCAUAUGAACUGCAAACUGUCCUGUUACAAACACAACUAUGUUAGAUUGCAUAGAGUUAUUUUACUUACAUGUACUUGAACUGAACUAUGUCAUCAUAACAAAGUUAAAAAAUUAAGUAUGGAAUAUUUUUGUAAAUAAAAAUACCUGUGCAGCUGGUAUUUUAAAUUUAAAAUGUAUUAUACAUUAAUGUUUCAGAAAAAAGUUCAUAUAUGUGUAUAUGAAUGUGUCAUUAUGCUGAAGGGCUCUGAUUGGGCAAAAUAAACUAUUCAAAUCUCUCCUGAAA